CUGGGCUGAGGCCAGCCGGUGCCGGCUGGACUGCUGUUGCUUAUUCCAAAGCGACCUCCAGCCAGCGGGCUGUCUCUAAAUUCUAGUCAGGCCUGCUUUGGGUGCCACGACCUGCGGGUGGAGCAAGUCGGAAGGCAAGGAUCCUCUAUGCCCAGAGGAGAGGUUUGGAGAACGCUCUUGCCUUUGAAGUAAAAGGAAACAGAACGAUUGUAGAGCAGAACUGAUCGUUGACUAGGAGAAGUACUCAGAAGUUGCUUGGGUAAUUAACAAGGAAAAAGUCGUUUGUGUGUGCCCACGUGAACACAUUUUUACUGGAAAGAUAAUCAUCAACACUAAAAGAAUUGUCAACUUUCACCUUUAAAGAGAGGACUGGUGGAUACAGAUUCCCCAUAAUUGAAGGAGUUGCUGUCAAGUAAGAGCGUUUUGUAUCUUCUAAGUCCUGUAUGGUAGCAUCUUUCCACAUAUAACCAACUGAAGUUUGGUCUGUUCCAGUUGUUGUGACAGCUCUCUUCAGCUUAUGCCAUUUCCUUCCUGUUCCUGGUUAACUUGAAGCAGAUACCAAGGCUGCUCCCAAAUUUGGACUGUUAUGAACACAUUUCUUCUAAUUUUCUGAAAGAAGAUAGAAAUGAUGGAGGAAGUUCGUGAACUGGAAGAACUUCAAGACAAAGAAGGACAUACUUUUGUAUUUGAUACCAGUUGCCUUAAAACAUCUGUGCAGCAUGCUGAAACCCACAAAGAAAAGAAAAUGUACUAUUGCUGUGAAGCGUGUGACUUCACGGCAGUAACAGAAAAUGAGUUAGAUUGUCAUCGAGGCAUUGCACAUGGAGCAUUGGCAGAAUGCUCCAUGGUCAGUUCUGAUAUAACACAGAGAGAAACACAAAAGCAAACUUUUAUGAAAGAGUCAGUCAUGGGGUCAUCAAAAGAUUCAGCUUCUUAUGUGUGUAAGGUGUGUCCUUUUACUACUUCAGACUUAAGUAUUUUUGAAAAACACAUGGAAUGCUUGCAUUCAUUAUCAUGUGUUGAUUCAUUUGAUAGUUCUCUUGGUCUUGAUAAAUAUAAAAAUGACAUCCUUGAAGAGCCAAUUAAUGUUGAUGGCUCUAAACCAUUAAUGACAGAAGGACCAACUGCAUUCCCAGUGAUCUCUGCUCCAGAACAAGAUGUGAAGCAAACAUUUGCAUCAAGCUCACAAUCAAGUCAUUCUUCAGAAUUCCAGACGGAGUCACAAAAAAUAAUAAAAGCUCGGAAAAGCAUUCGCCCAUCAAGUGUGAAUAUUUGCGAUGAAGACAACUCUCCUUGCAAGACUAUGAUGAGUAAAAGCAGCAUUGACCACCAACCAAAGUAUGUUCAUCAGGCAGGAACAGAAAAAUCAAAUGCAGAGGCAAACUACAGUAUUGUAAAACAGUCAGAUGAAUCAUAUCCUGGACAUUUCAAAACAGAAGGUAGUUCUUUAGAUUCUUUGCAUCUGUUUUCAUCAUCAGCUGAUUCGUGUAACAAUGGUUUUAUUUCUGAUCCUCAUAACCCCAACAUGACAAAACCAGAAAGCUUCAAAGACCAUAGGCAUGUAGUUGUGACAGGGUUACUUGAAUAUCAGAAAGAAGGUUAUGUUGAAGAGAUAAGCAAUCAAGACUUUUCAAAUGACACAGCUGUUGCCACUUUGCAAAACCUUAGUUCUGAAAACAAAGAUGAGUUUAUAACACAACAUAGAAGUUCCUGUGACAUUGUUGGGCAGGGUGACUGCACUACACAAGCCAUAAAAAAUGAAACCUAUAAUGAAAUUAAUCAAGAUGAUGUAAAAAUAUUCCCACUGUUUCAAGGCAUGGUAGAAGAUCAAGAGCCAGGGGAAAAUGCUGCCCUUAGUUAUGGUCAAAAUGAUGGCUGUCAUUUUGAACAUGAAGAUGGUGGAACUGAUGUUUUACCUGAGAGUCAUGAUCUUCAGUAUUUGGGAAGAAUGGAAACUUCAUCAUCAAAAUGUGAUUCUGCUUCUGAUUGCACUGACGUGUCUCUUAAGAAUAAAUUGUGUCCAUAUUGCCCAGCAAGAUUUGCAACAGCUGUAGGGUUGUCAAAUCAUAUCCGGGGUCAUCUUAAUAGAGCAAGAUCAAAUAAUAAAUCCCAUAGUGUUAAAUCACUGAAAGAGAGAAGCAAAAGUAACAAAAGGCAACAUGUAAAAGGGAGUGGUACAGAGACACCUGUUAAGCAAGCUAGACAAGACACUGUGAAGUCUGACACUACUGUCAGACAUAUUUGUCAGCUCUGUGGUAGCUGGUUUUUAAAUAGAAUUGGUUUAUCAAACCAUGUUAGAGGCCACCUGAAAAGAUUUGGAUUGAUCAAACUGAAUUAUCAUGAAACUCCAAUCUCUGUUGUAGAUGAGAUGGUCCAAGAUGAAGGAAAAUAUGCAACAGUGUUAAAAGGAUUGAACACUCAGCAUCUUAUUACUAGACGACAUGUGGCUAAAAAAGCUAAAUCACAUGAUGUACCUCAAAAUAUUAUACCUCUUGAAAUAUACCAUAAUUCCAUAAAGACUGAAACUCUACCAAUGUCAACAUCAAAGAAAGGAAUUAAUUUCCUAAAUGAGUGUGAUAAAACAAAACUGGGACUGUGCAGUAGAAAAAAGAAUCAGUCUGUUCCAAAUAAAAAUAAAAGAAUGGGGAAAGAAAAAAGUUCUGCUACUUCUCGUAAGCUCAUUAAUCCUGCAGCAAGUGGAAAUCAGUUUGUUCAGAGAGGUGUUCUUCCAUUAAAUAAUGAUAGUACAUUCCUGGAUCACUCAGAAAAAAAGGACUUAACUGUGCACUCAACUUUAAGUUGUAACGAAACGGAAUCAAGAGCAACAUCUGGAAGCAAGAAGACAAAGCUCAAACUACCUGAUAAUCCUAACAAGAUUUACACUCUCCGAUGCAGGUUUUGUGACCUGCUCUUUCAAGGACCAGUGUCUAUCCAAGGGGCCUGGAUUAAACACUUACAGCGACAUAUGGUAAAUGCUACUCUUCCCAAUACUGGAGAUAGCAUGGUGGAAGUCACAUCACCACCUUAAACGCUGUCUCCAUUACAGAAAUGGCAUUUUUCUGCACUAAAAGCAGAAACAGUUUCACAGAACCAGAAAAAUCUUUCACAUAGCAAGUUUGAAUUGGAAGUAAAUCUGGAACUUUUUAAAAUCACGUAAAAUUAUCUGUUGAAUAAAGCAGAAAAAGGGGGGAAGUGAAUUGCAGUGACAUCAGAG